AUGUGGCGGGUGGCGUGUCGCGAGGCGCGCAAGCAGGUCGCGUCGCUGACCCAUGGGCCUGCGUGUCGCGGCGCGCACGGCGCGCCCGCACCGGGCGGUCCUUAUCCGCUGCAUUCCCUCGCGCACGCCGCCCCGCCCACCGCCGCCACGCCGCAUCACGCGCGCCUCAUCCCGUCGCUCGUCGUCGCUCACGGCCCCGCAUCCCUCGCCACCAACGCGAAGCGCAUCGGCGCAUGGCGGGACGCGUCGCCCCUCGCGCUCACGCUCACCUCCCCCUCGCUCUCCGCUCUCCGCUCCGCCCUCACGCAUUCCUCCGCCAGCCUCUCUUCCGCCACCCUCUCCGCCGCCGCCUCUCUGCCCGCCGCCGCCCGCGCGAGCCUCGCCGUCCCCACGGCAGGCGCGGCGGCAGGGCGGGCGGCAGGCGUGAGCGUGUGGAAGCACUACGGGCGGUGCUACUACGAGCUCAGCAAGACGCGGCUCAGCCUGCUGGUGGUGGCGACAGCGGCAGCGGGGUUUGUGAUGGGCAGUGACGACCGCGUUGACUGGGCAGGACUUGGAUGGACCUCGCUCGGAACCUUCCUGGCAGCUGCCUCCGCCAACACGUGGAACCAGGUGUACGAGGUGGCGAAUGACGCACUCAUGAAGCGCACGCGGGGAAGGCCGUUACCAGCAGGGCGGAUGACCCGGCAGCACGCCAUCGCAUGGGGGCUGCUCACCGGGGCCAGCGGCCUCGCCAUCCUCGCAACCCAGACCAACAGCAUGACGGCAGGCCUGGGAGCGGCCAACCUAGCACUGUACGCGGGGGUGUACACGCCUCUCAAGCAGCUGCACAUCGCCAACACGUGGGUGGGCGCUGUCGUCGGAGCCAUCCCGCCUCUCAUGGGUUGGGCGGCGGCGAGUGGGGGGUUAGACGCGGGGGCAGCAGUGCUGGCAGGAGCGCUGUACCUGUGGCAGAUGCCGCACUUCCUUGCUCUCGCCUGGCUCUGCCGCAAGGACUAUGCUGCUGGGGGCUACCGCAUGCUGUCUCUGGCGGACCCCACGGGGCGGCGCACAGCGGCAGCAGCGCUGCGCAACUGCUGCUACAUGCUGCCACUGGGACUCGCUGCCGUCUCCCGUGCGCCCUCCCCGCCCUCCCCGCCCUCCCCACCGUCCCUACCCCUCCACCCAUUCAUGCCCAUUCGUGUCUCUGCCCAUGCCAUCUCGCUCCUUGCACUCCCCACUCCCCCCAUCUGCAUGCACACUCCUUCUCUCACCUCCUUUCCCCAGCCAUGCUCUCAAUACCUCAGAUGCUCAUGCCUCACCCAUCUCAUCCCUCACCCAUCUCAUCCCUCACCCAUCUCAUCCCUCACCCAUCUCAUCCCUCACCCAUCUCAUCCCUUGACCUUCUCACUCCAUACCUCCUUCCCUCCGCUCACCCCCACCUCGUUCCCCCCUUCCCUCACAGUGGGGUGCACGACAGCGCCGUUCCUAUGGGAGAACGUGCUGCUAACGGGGGCGUUCACAGCAGCGGCAGUGCCCUUCUAUCGCAGCCCCUCGUCAGCAUCAGCCAGGCAGCUGUUCCGCGCCAGCCUGCUCUUCCUGCCCGCCCUCAUGGCCGCCAUGCUGCUGCACCGCCUCCCCCACCACCCCCUCCCCGCCCAUGCUCUCUCCCCCGCCCCCGCGCCCACACUCACCCAUGCGCCGCUUCCCUCCCACGCUCCUGCAGUGAUGGCAGGUGCAGGCGAGAGUGGGGUAGGGGGAGCAACAGCGGGAGAGCAGGGGGCGAGGGAGGAGGUGGAGCAGAAGGCAUGGGGGGAGGCCGGGGCGAGGAGGGCAUGGGAGGCAGCAGGGAGUGGCGAGAGGGGUGAGAGCAGGAGGAGGGCGAGUCUCCCCCCGGUGGCGUAUUACUCGGCUGCUCCCUUUCCCUUCCUCCCCGUGCCCCACUACGCAUGA